UCUUCUCCUUUUCAUCUCAAGCUGAACCAAGAUGUCGAAGCAACAAAUAUUGACACUUGAGUUAGGGAAGCUACUGUGUGCUUGCAAGGGUCAACAGGACCCAUGCAUCACCUCUGGCAGUCUCCAUCAUUGGAUGAGGCUGAGCCUUGCUGACGGCCCCCAAACCCGCACUUUCGAUUAAAGCUCAUAGGCCAGCCGUGCUCAACAUUGUUUGGGUUCAAGGCUGUCCUGCCUGACUACAAAUUUCUGUUUGGAUCGCCGUAAAAAUGAGACUUGGGCGUCGCCGAGAGGAAAGUCUCUCAUCGUCCGACGAUACCACAGUAAGAUAGAGGAUAUGACACUACAAGCCCCGCGUAUUGACCACCGCUGACUAUUUGUGAUUCAAGAUAUCGGAUCAGGAUGAUGAGCCACAUUAUGAGUACAUUCUCAAGGAGAUGUACGUACCUUCUUUGAACGAUAACUCAUUUGCCGACCAGAAAGACCUUGUGGACCUCGUCUUUGUGCAUGGAUUAGGGGGGAAUCUCAGAACCACUUGGAAGAAAGAGGGGACAACUGAACCGUGGUUUACAAAGCCAGAGUUUCUUGGCCGCCUCAAAGAUUCGGUUCGCGUUCUGUCAUUUGGCUACAAUGCUCACCGUUUCGGCGAUGUCGCCAAUACGAGAAUAAUUCAUCACGCCAAUGAUUUACUCCGAAAUCUGGUUCUGAAACGACUCGAUCACCCAGACCGCCCCCUAAUAUUCAUUGCUCACAGCCUUGGUGGGUUAGUGGUCAAAAGAGCAAUACUUCUAUGCGCGACAAAUGACGAUUGGAAAGCUGUUAAGCAAGCCACAAAGUCCAUUAUCUUCAUGGGAACCCCUCAUAUGGGAUCGGAAAAGGCUGAAGACCUUGUCGUUGUGCAGAAAUUGGCAUCUCUGAUGAAACUUCAAACGGCGGUUGCGACAAACCUCACAAAAGAACUCCGUGCUUUCUCAAACUCAGUACAAGACAUCAACAUGGAAUUUACUAUUGAUGUUCAUCGUUCAAUCAAGCUCCUAUGUUGCUAUGAGUCUCAUCCGCAGCGGUUACCCAAUGGAACAAAAGAAAUUAUAGUCCCUCAAUGGUCUGCUGUCCUUCAAGGUGUCGAUAACAUAGAUCUAAAUUGUACGCACUCUGGGUUACCUAAAUUCGCCUCCCCUUUACACCCACGGUUCGAACUGUUCUGGGGCGAAGUUGAGAGGCUAGUCAGACUGGCCGAAUCACCUCCAAUCAAACCAAUAAAAAAGGCACCUACGUGGACAGAUGAUGAUGCUACACAACCGUCACCUCCUCGACCACGCCAGAACGCUCCUCUCCGGCGUCGACAUGAAGUAGGGAAAGCAUCAAAAUCCUCCAGAGAGUCGGCGAUUCGCUCAAGUGUCGACAAACUAUUGAAAGAAGUCACAAGCCGCAUCAAUGUCGACUUACCAACACAGCAUGAGACUGCUGUGUCUCAAGCUCAGAAUCGGACACAACCGGAGAAAUUUGACGUCAAGGACUUUAAUGAUUUCAUACGCCUUCUUCGCUCUGUGACACCCGAGAAUAAAGGUCUUGAUCGCGAGGCUCCUCACUGGCAGACAUGCUCAUGGAUAUUGGAAGAUCCCGCUUUCGUCAAAUGGAAGGAAAACAAGAAUGGUAGUCUCCUAUUCAUUACAGGGAGCCCUGGAUGUGGCAAGUCAAACUUGGCAAAGUACAUCCAGGGUGCAAUGAAAGAUUCGAGCGAUGAAAGCUGGGAGGAGAACCUCGUCAUACCAUUCUACUGUGAUAGUCUGGAGAGCUCUCGACACAACCCUCCGAUAUUGGAUCUUGUUGUCCAAUCUAUGUUGAGCAAGUAUACCACCAUGUCACAAGCGACAAGAAAAAAACUCGAAUCAGUCUUAGAAACCCUUGGGGUCGAUAGACAGAAGUCGCGAUCACCUCUCGAAACCGAGAAUAGUGGACAUUUCAUCCAAUUGAUGGAAAUUGUCCAAUUACUGGCGACGGCUGAAGAUGCUAGGCCAACUUGUCUAAUAAUUGACGGUCUAGAUCAAUGCGAAGACGAAUUCAUCAUCCGAUUGCUCCGUGGCUUAGACACGAUCUUUCGCCGUGAGGCUUCUGCUUCAGCCCUCAAAGUUGUCGUAACAUCACGCAUGGCAGACUCGAUCCGAGGAUUUGCGCUCGCAAAUAACCACAUAGAAGUCACACCAGAUCUGAUCCUCAAUGAUAUUCAAAAGGUAGUUGAUGAAGAAGUUGACCGCAUCAUCUUGAGUCGCCGGAUAGCCACUGUUGGACGAGCUUCUGUCUCAGCCGUCAUUGUCGAGAGGUCAAAUGGAAGCUUUCUUUUUGCAUCAGCAGUCCUCAAGGAACUGUGGCACAUCAAAGACACAGGAGCUAACUCAGUCUUUACACUCGUUACAAGCUGUCCUCCAACCAUGGAAGCGAUAUAUCAACAAGAUAUGGACCGCAUUCAGAAUGAACGCAAUGAUUUGUUUCAGCUGAUUCAGAUUAUCUGCAUAGCAAGGUCGACCUUGAGAAUAGAAGAAGCCAAGGAGAUCCUUCGGUUUCUAAAUCCCUCGGUAACGAGGACUUACGAUCUUGUCGGCGAUUUGACAAGAACAUGCCAGCGACUAAUUAGAUUUGGCGCCGAGGACACUCUCGAACUUUUGCAUCAGACUCUUUACGACUUUAUUCUCGACACAUAUGAUCUCAAGCUCGUACAUCAAACUCUCGCAACCGCAUGCCUCAAAUAUGUUAGGGAGAUAGAUUGGGAACCAUAUCACGACCCAUGGACAGACUAUUGUCGAGAUGCUCUUGCAGAUCGCUAUGUAUUUCUGGAAUACUCUUCGUCUUGGUUUAGGUAUCAUUUGAAGUUCUUUGGGCCAGAUACCUACAAGAUAUCUUGGGAUUUAUGGGAUUUCAUCCGCUCCCCAGCUGGGGAAAAGUGGCGAUAUUACACCUUCCAGAAACGUGCUUGGGGAUCCAAAAGUCCAUCGCCGACACGAUCGUUUGCGUUAUUCAGGGCUCAGACACCGAGUCCUUCGAGGUCUAGGAGCAGGUCCUCAAAUGGGUCGAGGACUCGAUCGCCCCCUGCAAUAGAACGCCCACAGACCCCAUCCUCAGCUGCUGGCAAGCAGACUGAAGAUAUGACCAAAGCUGGAUACCUAUCGGACGGCACAGAUGACAGUGUGAGUAAUUGUGACUCUGACGGAUCUGGAGGCCGUGGGCGAUUGAUUAACACGACUCAAUCUUCCAUUCAAUCAGCAAAACCACCCUUGGUGUUGCUCGCUCAGUGGGAUGCGGAUCUUGUAAUCAAAGAGAUCUUCUCCAAGGCCCUAGAACUUAACCCAAACCGCUUCCUUCACAAAAUCUAUGAUCUUCUUCUUCAUAUUUCCCCAAAAUCAAAGCAACAGGUUGAAGAAGACCUGGAGACACUAGUCAACAAUAUAUGGGAAGGCACUACAGCAAUACACUAUGCCGCAGCCCAACCGGGGGCAGCAUUGGAGGUACUUCUCCCUUUUGCGAGGAAUGUAGACCUGCCAGAUAAUGACGGGUCAACACCUUUAAUCCUUGCCGCAGUCCGUGGUCAUUGCCGGAGCGUGCGGGCUCUCCUCAAGGCUGGCGCCAAGGUAGAUGCUGUUGAUCCAUGGAACCAAACGGCACUGUUCACCGCGGUUGAUGUUGGCGCAGUGGAUGUUGUUCAAACACUUCUUGAAUUUGGGGCCGAUCCUAAUAUUUCAUCUAUCAACGGCCAUUCACCACUUGCACUUGCUACAGGGAAGAAUAGUUCCGAAAUGGUUGAAAUCUUACUGGAGUUCUCAGCGGACCUUGACGCUCCCGCAUUCGAUGGAAAACCUAUACCUUUCUUAGCUAGCUGGAUGGGGAGUACUGAUGCCCUCGAGAUCCUGGUACAACAUGUCGACGUGGAUCAAGUUUGGCGGAAUGAGCGCUUGAUUCACAUGGCAUGCUUCAAGGGAUGGAAAGGGGUGGUUGAUAAGCUUAUCGAGAAGCAUGCGAACCUCAAUGAUCCUCCCAGAGAUCUGCCAAAAGCUUCACCAGUGGCUCUGGCCGUUGAGUCGGGCCAUAGUGAUAUUUUGAGGACGCUUUUGGCCGCAGGUGCUGCAGUCGAGUGCCCCGUGAAGGGGAUGAGCUCUCCCCUACAUAUCGCAGUGGCGGCUCAGAAUUUAUUGGGCUGUGAGCUGCUUCUUGAUGCUGGAUGCCAAGUCAACGCAGAAGACAGGGAUGGAAGCACGGCUCUUUCAAUAGCGGCAGACCUGAACGAUCUCGACAUCGUCGAAUGCCUUGUCUCUCACGGAGCUGAUCCAAGUAAACCUGAUUAUGAAACACCCCUUCAUAUUGCGGUCGACUGGGGAAACCUUGAGAUGGUCGAAAUUAUUCUUUCGAGCCGGUUCUUUAUUGAUAUAGACGCGAAAGGUGAAAAGGAAUACACUGCUCUUGGUAUUGCAGCGACAACUGGGAGAUUGGACAUCGUCAGUAUGCUUCUUGAUCAUGGAGCGGAUCCAAACAUGCGGAAUGGACAACGUAACUCAAGCGCUCCACUACACAUUGCAGCCAACAAAGGCCAUCGAAGUAUCGUGAUAGAGCUCCUGAAGCGUGGAGCAGAUCCUUACCCAGAAACUACCAAAGAAUCAAGUGCCUUUCAUGCUGCCUGUAUAGGGGGCUGGCUGGACGUGAUGGAAACUUUCUUGGAGGUUGUCGAUGAUGUUGGCGAGUUGGUCAACUUCGAAUGGGGCUGGGCAGGAACCCCUUUAAAAGCAGCGGCAUCAGGUGGCAGAUUGGAUGCAGUAAAGCUACUUCUCAGUAAGGGAGCCGACCCAAAGAACCAGCUGCAAUCCAAGAUCAACAGGGGCCAGACUAUCAUCCAUGCCGCCGCUGAGGGAGGUAAUACCCAGGUUUUGGAAACCAUCCUUGAAGCAGUCGACGAUUCGUCACUUGAGAUACGUGAUAGAGCUCAGAGGACACCACUCUGGUACGCUUGUGUGGAAGGACAUGAGGACAUGGUCAAAUAUCUACUCGAACGAGGAGCGUCAACAGAUGUCAUCUUUGAUGAUGGAGACAACAUCAUACCUAUCAUUGUGUCUGGUGGAUCUGAGAAGAAUUUGAAGCUCGUAUUGGAGAAGAAUCCCAACCUCGACACCGACUGCAUCUUACCAGAUGGCGAGACACCGUUAUUCAAGGCAGUUAAUUCUGGUCACGAUAAGGUGGUGCCAAUCCUCUUGGAACGUGGUGCAGAUGUGAACAGAAAAUCGAAAUAUGGAAACGUCCCAAUCUUUGGGGCGAUCACCAAUCGUCAGUAUGAUACUUUACGGAUUCUUCUUGAGCAUGAUUCCAUCGAUCUGACUCAACGGGACUCCUUCGACCGGACUGCGCUUCAGAUAGCACAGCAAUCGGGAACACGUUUGAUGCCUGCUAUAGUGCUAGGUGCUGCUCAAGACUCGGAUGUAGAGAGGAUACUUACCGAGAACCGAGACAUGUACGGGCUUAACGCUUAUGACCUGACCAGACCUGAAGCCAACAAUCCUGCGCCAUUCGAUCGCUGUGUCGAAGGUGUACGUCGGGAUGCUCAAAGCCUAUUGGAUGAUUUCGACCUUCACGGGGUAAGAUGGGAGCGCCUUGGCAAGUUUCUGCUCCAGCUCGGGUCAUACAGCUUCGCCCAAAUUGCUCUUCAAAGAAGUGCUCGAGCUGUAGAGACAACCCCCUUAGUUUUGCAGCAUGACAACUACUGUGAUAUGUGUCUUGCCACAAUUACAGGCCCUCGCUACGUUUGUUGCACAUGCUGCACAGUCGACCUUUGCGAAUUGUGUGUCAGACAGGACAAGAAACCAGGAAAUCGUACUUGGGGCUGCGAUUAUCACUCCUUUCUUACUGUCAACUUGCCCCAGAUUCAGGCCCCGGAUGUAAUGUUGAGGACUGAGAUUGACUUCCACGUACCAACGCUACUGUCUCCUAUCGAAGAGGUAGCAUCUGAAACGAGCCAAGGGGGGGCAGAAUCAGAUGGUGAUGAACCUUUUCGGGAGCCUUCAUCUCUGCAGGAUGAUGAGAAGGCUCAGGAUGGCGUUUCUCUGUCCUCGGGUGACACUUCAAACAGCUAUACAAUGGCAAUCGAACCUCUCACCACACAGUCCUCGACGGCAGUGACUGGCUACUCUGUCGACGAUGGCGAACUUCCAGAUAAUGCGACUAACAAGAGCAGUGCAUUAGCAAAGGAAGAGUGGUCAGACAGAACAGAGGACGAACUCCGAGAGUUUCUCGAAGCAGUUCUCAAAACUUUCACCACCUACCAGACGCCGAAUGGAAUAUCGAAAUGGAACUUUUCAGUCGAUGGGUGGACUUUGAGGUACAAAGAUGAUGCUCUGAAAUCCUCAUGGACGGAAGGGGAUGAGAAUGCCAAGAUCGUACAACCUGCACGAGAGUGGAUGCCGCUUCAGCCGUUGACAGAAGCAUACUAUUAUCUGUCAGGGCUUUCAUAUCUUAUGGCAGACGUACCACUGUACCUAGUUGCAACUGGACUAGCGUUCCAUGGAUAUGAAGAUGAAGCUUUGAGAAGAAGGAAGCGGUUGCAGCGGCUUCAUCACAAGGUGAUGUUUCCUGUGACGCGUCACGGGGAGGUCGUAGUCUGAGGAGAGAGGAUCGAGACGAUGGAGCCAAAAAGAAAGGAAUCAGCAAAAGGAGUAUAUCGAUUGCAUAGUGUUCGAUGGUACUGAGGACAGUUCAAUGAUGGUAUAUGAAAGAACUUAGGUCUGUCGGGCUGGUCAUGUCGCCGUCUGCAACUGGCAGUGCCUGCACUUGAACGAGUAUCAAGCCACUUCUCGGUGAUAGCCAAUAUAUAAUUAGGCACCAGGCGGCUUUUCAGGGGAUAGACAGUGAGUUGGACUGCUCGAGGACCCCACUUCAACGGAGAGAUACGUGCACUUGUCAUUGUUCAAAAUACACGCCAAACUUUCUCGCUCUUGUUCCUUCUCCUGUCUCCCCUUCCUGUCCUUCCUCAGCGCCGAACACAGCAGACUCAGAAGCUAUUUAAACACAGAUAAGAGACUAAUAUCUAAACACAAAUCCACACACUACCACACACAAAGAUCUAGACAAAAAUAUCUCGACUCUUUUUUUUUACACGCAAGUGAGAAUCCCCAGCCGUCAACUACCUCCGUCCUCACAAUCUAAUUACACACUUCCUUUAGUACCCAAGCCUAAAUCGCCAUGACUAUUCAGCAGCAAGUCGACUACUAUGUCAGCGAGCCGAGGGCCCCAAUGCCCGAAGAGCACGUAUGCGUCGCGUGCAGGGUUGGCACCCGCCAGGCAUUGGAGUUCCUCUGCAGGGCAUACAGAACGCGUAGCCCUGCUUGGAACUGUUGCAACCUUUGCCUGAGAAGCCUUCCAUACGUCGAAAAUAGAGGCUUCUGCUUCCGAUGUGUACCGAAGCAAAGACAUGAGCUUUCGAACUUGCCACCCUGAGAGUUGGGAACUGGCGAAGAGGGACGCGAUGUUUAUACUCGCGUCCUUCUAUAGGCCAAUGCCUGUCUGCCUUUUUUGUCGCAAGUUCUCAGAUGGUGUUAUCGACUGUGGUGAGCAUGGUGACUUUGAUGCAGAUGAUCGUCAAGAUGUUAUCUCGAUCGACUCCACAGACGCCAUCAUGGUUGGGAAAUAUCCGCAGUCAAGCACCCACAGUUUCGACUGGGAGCCACGACAGGGUGUAGUCAGUGGUAUGGAGCUUCCUUCUCUUCGAGACUC